CAUGUUGGCGCCAAAAUUGUGAUGUUAUGCUAUUUCCGCCAUAUUGUAAAAUUCAUUGAAUUAUUUCGUUUUUUUUUAAUUCCUAGACAUUCAAUUUUCAUUUCCUCUGACACUCUAUCCCAAGUUCUUUUGGAUGUCAUAUCGCAGAGGACUAAUAACAAAAGAUCAAUGUUUUUUAUUUCAGUAAUUAUGAUGCUUAACCAGCCGGCUAAGAGAGAUGUAGCAGUUAGUAAGGAUGCUUUACUUAAAUCUUACAGAAAACGAUUAAAAGAUGACAUAAAUUCGAUGGCCGUUAAUUUGACAGAAAUCGUGAAACUGGCAAGAAUUGAGGAUGAAACACAGGUUACUAGAGCUACUCAGGCGGAAGAAGAUGCACUAGAAAUGCAGGUGCGAGCCUCCAAUAUGGUUAGAGCAGGAGAAUCUCUUAUGAAAUUAGUGUCAGACCUGAAGCAGUACCUUAUCCUCAACGAUUUCCCCAGUGUCAACGAGGCCAUCACACAGAACUCUAACGUGUUCAAGGAGAUGCAGGGUUCGUGUGACCGAAAAUUGACUGAAAUGCGGGAUGAGAUGGCGACAGAUCUAUUUGAGUUGGAAGAAGAGUACUACUCAUCAUCGUAUAAAUAACAACAAAAUUGAAAUACACAUAGUCUAUAUUUAA